UCGUGAUUGACAUCCGAAAACUUCACAAAAGUAACAAUGUGGAUUUGAGCCUUAUUUUUCGAUAUUUUUUCUCAUGCUCAGCUUCGAAGAUUUUUAUUCAAGAGAAAAAAUUGAUAUAAUGAGUAUUUCCUAUUACCUUAUUCAAAUGUUUUCCUGUGUGAAUAGUUCUAUGAAAUGUAUAGCCAUAUCAUUCUUCUGAAAUAGUGGAAUUUUAUUUUUGCAUUGUAAUGUUGAUCUAAUAUUUGAGAAUAUGCGAAAAGAUACGAUGUCAACGAAUCAGAAACAAAAUCUAUAAAUUAGACCAUCGACAUCAGGAUCUCUUUUUCUUCAUUUUUUCGUUGAGUUUUGCUAAAGUAUGAAUUAAAUUAUAGGUAUUGUGGUUUGAAAAAUUGCAAAAGCAAUGAACUACAGACGUUGCUAGCCUUAAAUAAGGAUUACAGCUGGUUUGUUUCUAAAGAUCGUAGAAUUUCAAAUCAAAAGAAAAACUGCAACGUAAGUGCAUAUGUUAGCAAAUUAAUGUUGUUCAUAAGGUAUAUAAACGAUGUUUUCACAAAAUUUUCACAACAACAUGAAUGAUGGAUCUAAAACUGUUCACUUGUCUUCAAUAAUUUUCUUAUUUUUAUUCUUUAAUCGAAUAAAAAAAUGGGUUAGACCUCUAAAAUAUAGAUGAGUGCACUUGCUCUUAUGUUUGAUUAUGUCGAGAUAAGCUACAUAUAAUUUUUCACAUUCACUGGCAGCAGAGUCAGCGUAACUCAUGUUGCUGAUAGCAAUUGUGAAUGUACAAAGUGUAUGUAACUUAUCUUGACCGUUUGAUUGUGAUUCACUUUAACUUGAGUGGAUUGUGUCGUACUAAUUUUGCGAUUGGUCGAGGGCUAACCAAAAGACGAAGUAAACGAGGUAAACAAUGAUUAUUUGAUAUUUUCUAAUAUUAAUAAAAUGCUGUAUUGAAAAAAAACUGAUUUCUGUAUAUACACAAGAUCGUUAAUCAUGCUACAAUCUUGUUUAUAAUUUUUCGUUUAGAGAAUAUUUUUUAGGAUUUUUGAUAAAACUUUAGGUUUCGGAAGGAAAUCAAUAUUGCUUAUAUUUACAUCGUAUUGAGUAAAGGCUUCGAUCAAGAACAACUUUUAUUUUUACUGUUAGUGUAAGAGAAACUCAGCUACAUAUUGACCAUUUAGGCGUGCUUUUAAUAUUUGUUUUAAAUUUCAUUUAACAAAAGACUUUGGGACGUCUAGUUUAUUACGGAAUUCGAUACUGUUAUUAAAUAUGAAUAUAAAGACGCCUUAAUACUAGAAGACAUAGAAUAGUUCGAAUACUUUUUUAUAGAUGAAUUUUACUAGUCCACUCACGUGGAAAAUAAACGACGUUUCAACCUGGUUAAAGACUUUUAUUCCAAAUGAAGAGAUCAUUACACAAUUUCAAAGUGAGUCAAAUAAAGUUAAAAAGCAAUCUUUUUUUUUAUUAACUUAUAAUUGUUUUCCAAAAUUCUAUUUAUUUAUCUAUUUCUUGAAUUGUAACUUAAAAGGUUCCCCCAACUACUGUGUUUCCGAAAAGAUUGAUUUCCAAGAGAUUAAAUAGUAGCUUUGAUUUUGUGGUUUACAAUAUUAGACUGCAGAAAAUUUUAUAUGAUAUUCAUAAAAACAUUUCUUUCUUUAUUACGAGAUUGAAUAAUUAAGUGGUCUAGUCAUGUCCUCUAAAACCUUUUUAUGCAAACUUUGCAACACCAAUCGAUCGUUUAACAAGUUUCAUGAUUAUUUUCGUCAUAUUACCUUGUAUCAUGCUGAUGAACCUAAUUUUCAAUUAACAUGUGAUUUAUCAAAUUCUUGUGGUGUAACGUAUAAAAAAUUUACGUCAUAUAAAAUGCACAUCCAUCGACAUCAUCAUUUCUUACUUAAUUCAUCAUUUAAUCAACAAGAAAAUAAUGACUUAGAUGAUAUUGAUCAAUUAUCAAUCUAACAACCUGAUACAACAUCUGUAGAUCCAGUUAUAGUUGAUAAUACCGAUGAAAAUAUAAUAUAUGCCAAUAUUAAUAAUGAUGAUUUUGCUAAUCAAUGGAAUAUUUCAUCAACAAACAUUCUUCGUGAAGACAAGCAAAUUAACCUUAUUGCAGUUCAACAAUUAUACACACGCUUCUUACUUGAGAUGAGAGAACAGCAUAUAUUACUACAGACUAUAAUUCAAUCAAUUACAACAUAUAUAGUAAAUUUACUUGAUAUCAUAGUGAAUCUCGUUGAAGAACAAGCAAAAAAAAAGAAUACCAGUCAACAAUCAUCAACAGCAGUAAAUGUUUCAGUUAAUGAUAUAUGUACGACUAUCAAAGAUAUUGAACAAGCUAUUGUUUUUUCAACACGAAACGAAUACCAAUUUUUACAAUCAUGUAAAAAUUUUUUUAACUAUACGCCACCUAUAGAAAAUCUUCUAUCAUCAAAUCAAAUGAAAAAAGAAUACUCUUAUCAUAUUUCUAUAAAACAAUCAUUAAAAAAAAUUUUAGAAAAAGGUGAAAUGUUACCAUUUUUAAUAGAAAACAUUCGUGAUCAAAUUAAUGCAACUCAGUGUGAUCCGGAUUUGAUUUUUUCAUUUCGAGAUUGCAUUAAAGAUAAAAAAUCCAUAAGCAAUCAUUCUUAA